UGGAUGUAAUCAAAAAGUAUUGGAACUUAUCUUAUCCUCUCGUUCGCCUCUCUGUUAUACAAACAACACCAACACAAUCCAAAAUUGCAAGAACUAAUAUCCUCUAUAUUCAUUUUUGAUAACAACAAUAUGACUAUCAAAGAAGAAAAAUGUUACCGCAAUGAAGAUGGAGGUGUCGUGUUCAUGGCAACAGGCGCUUCGUGUGGGGAAGCCACAGACAGCUUUCGAUCAGCCCUGAGAUGAUGUCAGGCAUGCGGUGUUCGUCGUCGGAGACGGUCUGGUAUGGCGAGAGCGACGUCGGCAGGGCGGUGUGACGAGAGUGGCUGAGUCGCGACUUUAGAAAGCGGCAGAUUUCGAUCUAUAAAACUUGCUUCCUGAUUUUCUUUUCUGAAUUUUCUGUUUCAGGUUUCAUUUUCUUAGUGUAUUUUUCUUCAGCCGCCCCCUGUUAACUCCUUUCUUUCUCCAUUUUAUAGUGACAAAAAAGGUACCAUGGAUCAAAAGAGAAGCAUCAAGAAGUACACUUUCCGGAAUUCAAGUGCAACGGAAAUGAAAGAGCUAGCAACUCUGGUUCCUAAUCUUGACAACUUCAAAAACCGUUAUGGGAAAUUGAUCUCUAUCUUGAAGACCAAAGUGGAAAAAGGGAUUCUUGAGACUCUUGUGCAGUUUUAUGACCCGAUGUAUCAUUGUUUCACUUUUCCCGAUUAUCAGCUUAUGCCCACUUUGGAGGAGUAUUCUUAUUGGAUUGGUUUGCCAGUUACGAAUGAUAUACCAUUUAGUGGUCUGGAGAAAGAGCCUCAGGUUGAUGAGAUAGCAGAGCUUCUUCAUUUGAAAAUAUCAGAUGUGAAAGCAAACAUGACUAAAAAAGGAGGAAUUUGGGGGUUGACUUCUAAGUUCUUGAUUGGAAAGGCUUCUAUGUUGGCUAGUAAAGGAAGUAUGAUUGCUUUUGAGACAUUUCUGGCCUUGCUCAUCUAUGGUUUGAUACUCUUUCCCAACAUUGACAACUUUGUCGAUGUUAAUGCUAUUCGGAUUUUCAUGAUUGGGAAUCCUGUGCCUACUUUGCUUGGGGAUACUUAUCAUUCCAUUCACCAUAGGAAUGAUAAGAAAGGUGGACUUAUCAACUGUUGCACCCCGUUGCUCUAUAAGUGGUUUAUUUCGCACUUACCUCAAGCUAAGAGUUUCUUGAACAAUCCUGAUGGUCUCUCCUGGUCUCAGAAGAUCAUGCCUCUUAUUAAUGGGAAUAUCCAUUGGUACAAUCCUGCUUAUGACAUUGGUGAGAUUAUUGAUAGUUGUGGAGAAUUCCCUAAUGUACCUCUUCUUGGUAUACAAGGAGGAAUUACCUACAACCCCAUUCUUGUAAGGCGUCAAUUUUGCUAUCCCAUGAAGGAGAGACCCGCUAAUAUUCUUGUGUCAGGAAUCUUUUAUCUUAAUCAAGAUGGAAAUUCGGAUAUGAGAAAUCGGUUUGUGCGUGCUUGGCACCAUGUUGAUAGGAAGAGACAUUUGGGAACGAAACAAUGUGUUGCUCUCAAAGACUACACUGAUUGGGUUCAAGCUAGAGCUCAUACUUUUCAGAUGCCUUAUUUACUCGAGGAGCCUUCUCUACUCGUUACUCCACCAUUGUCUUCCACUACUCCUGUUGAAAAUAGUGAAGAACAUCUAGAGCUCGUGGCUAAGUUGAGAGCGGAAAGAGAUGCUUUGGAAUUUGAGAACAAAGAGUUGAAGAUACACUUGAAAGAAAAGGAUGAAAUGCUUGAUAUCCAAGAUGGUUGGUUGAUGGAAAAGGAUGAUCAGAUUCGUCAUCAAGAAAAGUUACUUCAACAACAUGGUGAAAAGCGAAAGAGACAACAAGAAGAUUCAGUGGCAUGGAAAGAAGUUGCUGAUAAGCUGAUGGUCGAGAAUGCUCAUUUGAAGGCCUUUUAUGAAGAUGAAUUGGAGAAGCUCCGUAGGAAGCUGCAGAGAGGAGACGGAUCUUCGUCAGAAGUUUUACCUUUUAGUUUUUAGCCUUUCCUUUGUUUUUGUAAUUUUGGAUCUUUGAAUCCUUUUGUAAGCUUUCCCAUUACUAAUGAAAGAAUAUUGUUAUGUUUUAUGAUGUUUUUUGCUAAUGUUUACAAUCAAUGUCUUAAAGUUCCUU